UGCAUUCAGCAACAGCAACCAGUCAACCAUGGAGUCUCACGUGGAUCUUAAGCUUCGUACCUAUCGCUUCAUUGCCUACUCGGCAGUUGCCUUCUCUUGCAUUGCUGCUGUUUCACUUUGCUUCACCUUGCCCCUGCUGUACAAUUAUGUGCAGAAUACAAAAAUUCAAGUUCAAAAGGAAUCUAUGUACUGCAAGGGAUCAGUUCACGAUAUGUGGUCUGAUAUCAGGGAUAUGGAAGUGACCCAUAACAGAACUGCCAGACAGGCUUAUGCAUCAGCUGGAGGAGCAGGAGGAGGUGGAGGAUACGGCGCUGGAGGAGGAGGAGGCGGUGGAGGUGGAGAAGCUGCUGGUGGAGGCGGUGGGUGUACAGGAUGCUGUAACCCAGGUCCACCAGGACCAGGAGGAAGACCAGGAAAGCCAGGAACCCCAGGAAAACCUGGUGCACCAGGAAAUCCAGGAGCUUCUGGAAAGGGUGCAGCAGCUCCCUGCGAGCCAUCUACACCACCACCAUGCCAACCAUGCCCAGCUGGACCUCCAGGACCACCAGGACCAGAUGGAACUCCAGGAGAGCCAGGAGGCCCAGGACCAGCAGGAUCCCCAGCUGGACCAUCAGGACCAGGACCAGCUGGACCACCAGGACCAGCAGGACCACCUGGAAACGAUGGACAACCAGGACAGCCAGGAGGGCCAGGACAAGAUGGAGCAAGCAGUGCUGGAGGAGAAGCUGGACCAGGACCUGCAGGACCACCUGGACCAGCCGGACCAGCGGGACCAGACGGACAAAGUGGAAGUGGAUCUGCUGGAGGACCAGGACCAAAGGGACCACCAGGACCUGCUGGACAACCCGGAAGUGAUGGAAAUCCAGGAACAGCAGGACCUCCAGGAAACCCAGGAGGAGAAGGAGAAAAAGGAAUCUGUCCAAAGUACUGCGCUAUCGAUGGAGGAAUCUUCUUCGAGGAUGGAACUCGUCGUCGUUAAGCACGAUGGAUUGUUGCUGCAUUUUCUGCUUGAGUCGGCUUUCGAGUCUGAACUCGCAUAUACCUAUGUCAAUUUCUAUGAACAUAAACGAUUU